GUGCCGAGCUGCCCGGCCUGUGCGCGGUGGAGUCCCGGUGCCGGGCUAAACACCGGGAAAUCGCGCCGGGAUCUGCCGUGGUCGAAAGCUGUCUUGGUGUUGGUAGCCACGAGAGUCCCUGGCAAAGCCAAGAGCACCGUGCUGGCAUGAGAAGCCUCGGGGACCUCGGAUCCCCAGUGACAGCUCCGCCUCAGCGUUCUGCGGGAGCUCAGACUUCUUCAGGGGACGCCCUGACCCUGUCACCCAGGAGCCAAACAUCAGUCCAUGUGUGUUGCUUAGUGAAAAGUCAUACCCUGCUUGAGGAGGAUUUCACCUAGCAUUAUCACACUUUGACCAUGAAUGGGUACUUGAAGGAGUCCAACUUCAUGAUGAUGGAGGAGGGCUUCACAACCAGAGACCUCCUGGAGAACCUUCUCGUGGAACUGUGCCAGGCGAGUGACUGUCAAACCUUCUUCGUGGCAGACCUUGGGGACAUUGUCAAGAAACACAUACACUUCCUGAGGGCCUUGCCCCGUGUCAGACCCUACUUCCCUGUGAAGUGCAACGGCAGCGAGGGGGUGGUCCGGUUGCUGGCAGAGCUGGGGGCAGGCUUUGCCUGUGCCAACAAGGCAGAGAUGACAUGGGUUCAAAGCAUUGGAGUCCCAGCUGACAAGAUCUUCUACAGCAGCCCCUGCAAGCAGGUUGCCCACCUCAGAUAUGCAGCCAAGCAUGGUAUAGAGCUGCUGACCUUUGACAAUGAGGUGGAGCUGAGCAAGGUGGCCAGGAACCACCCUCAUGCCAAGGUGUUGUUGGGUGUUGCUGCUGACUCCAGCCCUUCUGCCCAUCCCAGCAUGACAUUUGGGACCACACUCAAAUCCUGCCGGCACCUGCUGGAGACGGCGAAGGAGCAGGCUCUGGAGGUUGUUGGCAUCAGCUUCCACCUGGGCAGCCGUGGGCUGGAGCCCCAAACCUUCUCUCAGUCAGUGGCCACAGCACAGAUGGCCUUUGAGGUGGGCAAGGAGCUGGGCUACCAAAUGCACCUCCUGGACAUUGGAGGGGGAUUCCCCGGCACCGAGGACACCAGAGCCCGGUUUGAAGAGGUGGCUGCUGGGAUAAACUCGGCCUUGGACUCGUAUUUCCCAGAUGGCUGUGGGCUGGAGAUCAUUGCAAGACCAGGGCGGUAUUAUGUCACCUCUGCCUUCACCUUGGCUGCCAGGAUCACAGCCAGGGAGGAAGCACCCACAGAGCACCCCAGCCCUGAUGAGGAAGACUCUGGCAGCAAGAAGAACCUCGUGUACCACCUCAGUGAUGGCACCUACGGUGCCUUCAGCUGCCUCCUGUUUGACAGCCCCUGCCCCAGACCUCGGCUGCACAAGAGACCCUGCCAAGACCCCCCCUCACACAGCAGCAGCCUCCGGGGCCCCCUGGGACAUGGAGAGGAUCACAUUGCUGAGGACCUAGAGCUGCCUGAGCUGCAGGUUGGGGACUGGCUGAUCUUUGAGGACAUGGGGGCAUACACCACCACAGCCUUGUCCCCCCCCGGGGGAUGUCCCCAGCCACCCGUCACCUACACCAUGUCCCGCCUGGCCUGGAAAAGCAUCCAGCUCUCCCAGGGAAAACCUCCCCAAACAGAAGAUAACCGGGAGGGCAUCUGCGCCCCGCUGUCCUGUGGCUGGGAGAUGGCAGAGACCCUCAGUGUUCCCCCGGUCUGCGCUCCCACCGGCAUCAUCUGAGCAGCACCACUACUGGGAAGGGGGAAGGAGACCACGACCUCCCCUCCCACUGGGACCCCCGGGCAAGGAUUUGGGAUUAUCUGCCCUUAGUCCCAUUCUUCCUGCCCCUGUGCCUACUAAAAAGGGUGGGUGGGGGGAGCCGGGCAGGUUUGGGUGUUUUUUUCUUUUCUUUAAGAGUUAUGACAAUAAAUGGGUGUCCAAGGACACCUCCUGGCUCUU